UUUAACUCCCCCUCCCUUCCCCCUUUUUCCCUUUCCCCCCUUCACUCCCUCCCUUCCCCCGCUCCGCUUCUCGCUGCCUCCUCCGCCGCCCCGGGCCGAGCGCUCCCGGCUCUCCCCCUCGCCCUCCCCCUUUUUUUUCUCUUCCCUCCGCCUUCUCCCUCCGCCCCCUCACGCCGCCCAGCCGAGCUCCUCUCUGCCUCACACACACAAAACACGCCCGCACGGAGCCAUGCCGAAGAGAAAGGCUGAAGGAGAUACCAAGGGCGAUAAGGCCAAAGUUAAGGAUGAGCCACAACGGAGGUCAGCGAGGUUAUCUGCUAAGCCUGCUCCUCCCAAGCCAGAGCCUAAACCUAAAAAGGCAGCUCCAAAGAAGAGUGAGAAGUUGCCCAAGGGAAAGAAGGGGAAAGGUGAUGCUGGCAAGGAGGGGAACAACCCUGCAGAGAACGGAGAUGCCAAAACAGACCAGGCACAGAAAGCCGAGGGUGCUGGUGAAGCCAAGUGAAACCCA